AGGGAGUCCUUGGAGAAUGCGGCAGGUUCCUGAUUCUUCGAUAAAGCUCAACCGUUUUUUACCAAAGUUCUCAAACGAGAUAUCUGGGCAAUUCAUAAAGUCUGCUGUUAAACUUAUUAAUGAGUAGAAGCUAGUUUAACUCACUCGCUCUACCAUUGUAGGAGGAGUAAUACUGCAGGCAGCACGGUGCAGUGGCACGGCAGCAGACUGGUUGCGUCUGCAAGAGUAGUGCACUGUAGAAACGUCUCCAGAUUUCAGUUUGUAAAACUUCAGCAUACAUUUGGGUCAUUUUAGUUUUAUCGUUAUAAUUUGAAAAAGAUGGUCCGGAUUAUCACAAAUUUAACUGGAUUUUCCAUCGUGUCUUAUUAUGGACUUCUGUGAAGACUCAGAGGAUUAUUUAUAUUUUUCCUGCUUUGCAAUUCAGGAAUAACAGUGACUACAACAUGCCUCCUUGCUCAGACAUGGGAAACCCGCAUCUCCAGGCAUCAUGGAGUUAGCCUUACACCACAGCAAUACUACUGCUGCUGUGUCAAAUGGCCCAUUCUCCAAUCUUAGCCAGGGGCAGGUGACUCUAGCUGCCAGUAUCAAUGGUACUUUGGGUAGACUGCCUCUGAGUGGGCCAAUAGCUGCAAUGUUCUCGAUGACCCUGGGCAUUCUGUCCAACACAGUAGCCCUGCUGAUCCUGGUCACAUCGUACGCUCACCUACGACGCCGUUCCAAGGCCACCUUCCUGCUCUUCGCCAGCUCCCUGGUUCUUACAGACUUCCUGGGUCAUGUCAUCCCUGGCGCAAUUGUCCUCAAACUGUACCUGUCAGGAGGCGUGCCCGCUACGCACUAUGCCAGGGCUGAUGCACUGUGCCAGUUCCUGGGUGGCAGCAUGGUGUUCUUCGGCCUCUGCCCACUCUUCCUCGGAUGUGCUAUGGCAGCGGAGAGGUGUCUGGGCGUGACAAACCCAUUGCUCCACACCUCCCUGGUCAGCACCACACGGACUAAACUCUCACUCUCCCUCAUCUGGCUGGCAGCACUGUGUGUGGCCCUGCUGCCCUGCUUCCAGCUAGGAUCUUACAGCUAUCAGUACCCUGGCACCUGGUGCUUCAUCCACGUGCUGGAGGGCACAGGUGCAGCGGAUGUGGCUUUUGUGCUGCUCUUCUCGGGGCUGGGGUUUCUCUCGCUGGUCGUGGCGCUGCUCUGUAACACCAUCAGUGGGCUCACGCUGCUCCUAGGAAGGAUGCGCAAGCAGUCUUGCAGACGUCAGUCUGCCAGGUCUCACGACAUUGAGAUGGUAGUGCAGCUUGUGGGCAUCAUGGUCACAUCCUGUAUCUGUUGGAGCCCUCUGCUGAUCUUUGGACUCAUGUCUGUAAUACACUCGUAUAAGGGUUCUAUUGGAGGCAGCCUGGACAAAUACAGGACCCUGAUGGUCACAGGCGUCCGCUUGGCCUCGUGGAACCAGAUCCUCGACCCGUGGGUUUACAUUCUGCUCCGCCGCGCUGUCCUCCGCAAGAUCUACCUCAUCACCAAGCGCCAGGCGAACCCUACUAGCAACAGCAUGCGGCUGUGGGAGCAAAGCUCUGUGCGCACCUCCAUUAACACGGUGUGAGCACAGGGGGUGACGCAAAAGAGUUCUAGCUUCUGGCAAUGGUAGUAUAAUCACAGGGAGACAUGCUCUCUAGCAUCCCAGCCAUGAUUACUUAUAAAUCUGAAAAAAAUCUAAAGUGACAAUAGCUCUUUUAACAGAUGAAGGUAUUAAUGUUAUAAAUGGCUGAGACUUUAAGCAGAGUGUUAGCUAGGUUACAGAACAACCGUAUUAGAAUUCAGAUAAUUGGCAGCAAUGUAGCUUAUGCAUGGCAAGGUUUGCUAUCUUAUACAAGUGUCUUCUGAAGUAAAUGAUACUCUUAUUGUGAAGAGCGUAAUUAGUGCUAGGGGUUGUGCCCAGACUGAGGGAGUUUAUGGAGGACAUACUGCUAUUGCUUCCUCUAAGCUAUAUGCACAUGCAGCACAUUGGAGAACAGUACCUCUGAGACAGCAGUGGGAGCUCAUCACUCGCAGUGAGCGCCAUUUAACCCCAUACCAGGAGCAGGUUCUCUCCAUGCUAAUAAUUAUACUUGAAACCUUUUGACAUUUAAAGCAAAAAUGCUUCUUAAAAUACCAAAUAAAACUAAAGAGAAGGAAAAU